AUGGCAGACGAAGGCUCGCUCCACAUCGUGGUGUUCCCAUGGUUAGCCUUCGGGCACAUGAUCCCAUUCCUCGAGCUCUCCAAAUCUUUGGCCAAGAGAGGUCACCACAUCUCCUUCCUCACCACCCCAAGAAACAUCGUCAGGCUCCCAAAGCUCCCUCCCUCUCUCGCUCCACUGAUAGGUUUCAUUCCCAUCCCCCUGCCAUCCUCCGACGACCUACCCGACAACGCCGAGGCCACCGUCGACCUCCUUCCCGCUGAUGUCCAAUACCUCAAGAAGGCCUACGAUGGCCUCGACCGACCGAUAGCCAAGUUUCUGGAGCAAGCUUCUCCAAGACCCGAUUGGAUCAUCCAAGACUUCACUCCACACUGGGUGUCGCCGAUCGCCGCCGAGCUGCACAUCCCGUGCGCCAUGCUCAACACGUUCCCGGCUUACUUCAACGCCUUCAUCUACGGACCGGACGGCGUGGGGAUGCGGAGAUCCGCCGAGCAGCUCAUCGCGGCGCCCGAGUGGAUCCCCUUCCCGACGGCAGCUGCUUACCGCCCCUUCGAGGCCCGGCAGUUCCAUUGCUUGCUGCAAGACGUCGAUGCUUCGGGGUUGUCCGCCGCCUACCGUUUCGAACUGGUCGUCAGACGGUGCAAGUUCAUGGCUUUACGAGGUUGCAUGGAGUUGGAUCAACAACUGUUAGGCACCAUCUCGGAGCUUUUCAACAAGCCUGUCGUCCCGGUCGGCCUACUUCCUCCUCCUGUCGACGAGGGAGAAGAGAAGAUUGCUCAUACUACCAGGAUGAUGAACAUUUUCCGGUGGCUGGACGAACGGACCCCCAGGUCCGUUGUAUAUGUUUCUAUGGGGAGUGAGGCGAUGCUGAGCUCCGAGCUUGUGCAGGAGCUGGCCUUGGGGCUCGAGCUCUCUGACCUGCCCUUCCUCUGGGCUCUCAGGAGGCCGGCCGGGAUGCCGAAAGAGGUGGAGCUUUUGCCGGAGGGGUUCGAGGACCGGAUCGCCGGCAAUGGGCUGGUUGUCAUGGAUUGGGCUCCUCAAGUUCGGAUUCUCGCACACGAGUCGGUGGGGGGAUUCUUGACGCACGGUGGCUGGGGCUCGAUCAUCGAAGGGUUGGGGUUUGGGCACCCUCUCGUCUUCCUCUCGGUGUUCGGCGAUCAGAUGUAUCAUUUGAAAAGAGACUAA